CGCUGCGGUGCCGUUAGCGCUGGCGUGGCGGCCCGCCCGCGGCGCCAUGGACAGUUUCCUGGAGGAGGAGGAGGAGGAGGCGGCGGCGGGGUUGAAGAGCCCAGCCGCGCAGGCGGGGAGCGCCCUGCUGCCGGCCCUGCACCUGCCCUUUCUGCCGCCGCACCUCUACCGACCGGCAUCUUCCCAUGAACACAAAUUAAACUUCAAGAAGAGCAAGGAAGUGUGUUUAAAUUACAUUCAGGAUGCCAUGCUACAAAAGCAGUGGAAAAGGGCUGCAGAGUUUCUGACCUUCUAUAUUGAGUCACUAGAGAAAGACUUUUCUACAGCAUACAUGGGUCCGUCAGAGAUGAUUUGGAGAAUAGGAACUGAAAUUUUGUGCCACCAUUCCCAUAGCAGCAUGAAACAGUUCAACUCUUUCAUAGAACAGAUGAAAACUUUAGGAGUAAAAAGGUAUUUGAAGGUUUGCUUAGAGCAUACCUUUCAUCUCCUUUGUAAUGGACUAAUAGAUGAAGCUUACCAAAACCUGUCCCUGGCAGAAAGCUGGAGGUUUGGAGAACAAACAGCCAUUCAGGAUAAAGAAAUGAAACUGAUUCAGGCUUACAGGGGACUGUUGGACUACUAUAGCUGGUCUAAGCAGAAGGACAUCCUGUUAGAGCAUGGUCAGAAUGGAUUUGAAGACUUGUCUGUUGAACAGGAAAUGCACAGUUGCUUUCGGAAGGCAGCAGUAAACUUAAAAGAGAUUAUUAAAAUACCUGGAGUCUGGGAUCUCUUUGUGAAAUGCUAUGUGGAUUUGUUGGAGUUCUAUGGAGACCAUAACGAAGCCUGCCAAGUAUUAAAUGAAUAUGCCUACAACUCAAAGUUUCCUGCUAAUCCCAAUGCUCACGUUUACCUCUAUCAGUUCCUGAAGAGACAUGGUGAAUCAAAGAAAUCACUCAUAUCUGCACUGAAGAUCUUGCACGAUAUUGUUCCUUCUCAUGAACUAAUGAUAGAUUUUAAUACCAUGCUUCAAAAAUCAAAGAAAAGAAAAAAACGUCAGCUGGGGCUAGAAGUUAUUUUUGCAGCCUUGGAUUAUGCUGGCUGGAAGGAAAAUGUAAAAGCAUGGAGCUGUUUGGCAAGACAGGUGAAACAAAUUGUAAUCUCUGAGAAGCAUCUUGACUGGAUCAAACAAGAGUGGAACUCCAGAAAGGACUGGUGGCCAGCCUUCCAUUUUAGCCGUUACUUGGCAAAAAGGAAUUGGCAGGAAAAUGAAAGCCUUUCAUAUGAAAAAGCUCUGGUGGCUGGUAUCUUACUGGGAAAGGAUUGCAAGUACUUUAAAUAUGUAUCACACCAAGGCUGCAAAGCUCAGGUGAAAAGGUUUCGGAUACUGAAGAAAUUUGUGAAUAAGCACAAUCCUGUCUACCUGAGAAUAUCUGGUCUUUCAGAUUCUUCUGUACAACCUUGAUUAGAAGGUGUCCUUAAGGUUCUUGCUGUACUUUUUUUCUUCUCUGUGAAACUGACUUCUGUAUUGGUGCUAUUCUAAAACUUUGAGGCAGACCCUAUUGACUCAGUGCUAGACUUUUUUAUAUGAUUCUGUAAAAACACCUUGGUUUGUAUUUAUUUUAUAAUAAAAUUAAUAUAAAUCAA